AUGAAAAUUGACGAGCAGCUGCAGAGUGGGGAAAUGAAGAAGAGCACGUCUGCCCAAAAAAUUUCCCUAUCCACUUUCGAUUUUUCUCCAAGGAGAGAAAGAGGAAGAGCAGUAUCGUCUUUUGAGUGCAGUUGUGGAUGGCGAGGCAAGGUGAAGCACCUAAAUGCAGAAAAAAGGCAGCGGAGACUACGAGUAGCAACAGAACAGCCCUCAACAGCUACAACAUCUUUAUCUGCCGAGGGUGAUAUGGAUGCCCUGACUUUUAAUUCAAAGCGCUGGAAAGCUACCGAAUUUUCUGAACUAAAUGAUCAGGUCCGUCGAUUGAAAGGAUACAUUAAGACAAUCAAGGCUGAGCUAAAUAACGCAGAAGAAGAGAUAAGAAAAAAUCAACGUACUAUUUUCAAUUUGGAGGAAGAGGUGAAAAAUGUUUAUGAUGCCCUCAAAAGUAGAAGGACUCAUUUUGAUGAGGUAUGCUCUCUUUUUUGGACUAAACGCUGCCUGUUCCAGUGGCAGCGCCAGCCACAAGGUUCUGGGGGAACAAACAAAAAAUUUAGGCCACGCCCUAUUUACAGCCCAAAACGUACUUUUAUCAAAAAGAACGCAAAUUUUACCUGCAGGAAUGCCUAUUACUAA